ACCGGAAGCUGUGCUGUGUGUUGUGUGUGAGUGGAGCUGCUGGUGUUUACUGCAGUAACUCUCGCUGUGUUUUUAUAUAUAUAUAUAUUCAUUAAAUCUGCUGUUUAUAAAUUAGUUAAUGAACGGUAGUAAGCGCUGUAUGAGGGCGGUAUAACGCUGUGAGGGUAAAUUAGCGCAGUAAAACACAGAGACUGGGUAAAAUGGCCCAACACGCUUUCCAGGAGCAGCUGGUGUCCAUCAUGGAGAUCCUGGCUAAAGCGGCCGUGGCGGAGAUUAACCGGCGGGUGGAGGACAGCUGCGCCGUGAUCCGGCUGGAGCUCUCCCGCAGCCAGAGGGACAUCGACUCGCUGAAGAGGAAGAGCCUGCUGAUGGAGAACGAGCUGAGGAAGGCGCGGCUGAGGGGCAGGAGGAAAGUGUUCUUCUGCAGGACGGCUGAGAAGCAGCUGCCCGUGGCUUUUCCGACUGUGUGGGUCAGAGACACGCCUGCAGAUGUGGACGUUUGCAGAGCUGAUCAGACUGUUGUUACUCAAGAGGUGGAUCCUGGACCUUCUGCACAACACGUUCAUCAGGAUGUCCAGGUUCUGGAGGAGAUACCAAAAGUAUCAAUCAUCAAAGAGGAGGGAACUGAAAAUGAGAUGUGGACUAAUACAGAGGCUGCAGUCCAAUUUCCUUUCGAGCAUCAAGACGGCUUGCCACACAGCCUGGCUCAGGAGACGCAUGAAGAUCAGAACCAGCUUCAUGAGGCCACGGAGAACCCAAACGCACACUUAUCGUGCACACUGUCUGGAUCAGAGCAGGUGAAGAGUGAUGAGGAAGGUCUGAGUAAACUAGGCCUUCAGAUAAAAGCUGAGAAGGACCACGAGGAGGAGGAGAAGGAUGUGCAGGAAAUCAUAACGGAGGAGUCUGAGCAAAGGAUGGGAGGGACUGGAGAUCAUCUGGAUUUCGUUCUGGAGCAGAGGGACCCCCGGCUGUGGACGUCAAUUAAUGAACAGGGACACCAUGCUGCCUUUUCUGCACCUGUGGACACAGCUAUGGAACGCUCUGGAGAUGAUAUUAUUGAUGAUGAUGUUAACCACCCUGACGAUGGAGAUACUGCUAAGAUGGAUCUGUAUGGUGCUGGACAGGUUGGACAGGUCCGUGCACAGAAACGGCUGCAGACGUCCUGGUGCAGAGAAAGACGCCAGUCCAGUCCUGCUGUUAAACAGAUACACGCGCAGCAGUUACGCACACAGCAGCAUCAGCACCAGCACCCGCAUCAUCGGACUCAGCAGAGACCUGCAGAGGUUGUAAUAGGAACCGGUAUGACCUCUUCAACAGCCUCCAGCGUGGCCGCUCAGCCGCUGGUUGGGUACAGGCGGUUGCGGACGCAUUGGCGCACGAGCGUGGCCGGAGAACGCCGCUUCAGCUGCACGUACUGCGAAAGACGCUUCGUCCGAUUCGGGCAGUUAAAGGAACACCUGCGCAGCCACACCGGCGAGAGACCCUACACCUGCACCCAGUGUGGCCGCAGCUUCACCAAGCAGGGCAACCUGAUCCGGCACGCCGUGGUGCACAGCGGGGAGAAGCCGUACCAGUGCGGCCUGUGCGGAAAGUGCUUCACACAGCGCUCCAGUCUCAAGUCCCAUCAGAAAACGCACAUGCCGGACAGGGACGUUCUCCCGGGUUUACCUGUGUACCAGUCGGGCAGCAGCCGGGCCAUCUCACAGAGCAGGGGUUUCGUAUAGCAGCAGAUUUCUGCAAAGGGUAGUGAUGCUCUGAAGCCACUGAAGAUGUGUCGUCAUUUUGUAGUCAUUCUCCACUCCCUUGUUAGUUUUGGACAGUAUAGGGACAUACUAUAUAGUUAUAUUAUAUAACUAUAUAGUAUAAUGGUAGAAACGUGUGAAUUUAGACACUACACCAUCAAGUUAGUAAAGUAAUGUGCUAUUCAUGGAGUAAUUUCUGCCUCACAUUAACACACAUGACUACUAGCAUUUACGCAUUUUGUAUAACAGGUAUGCAUUUUGACCCCCUUUUUUUCUUAUUUUAAUUUUUUUAUUAGAGAAGUCCAUCAAAGAAAAACACAUACUACAAAAACUUUUAUUAUUUUCAUUAUUAUAAUAUUAUUAUAUUAUUUUUUAUUUAUCAGAAGCAUUGCUUCUGUGUCUGUGUAAGUGACAGGCUCCUGCUACCUGAGAAGCAGAAGGGGGGAGGGGGGGUAAACACGAGGUAACCACAUGGCCUCCAUACACAUGUUUGGGCACUUGCUGAUAAACGGAAGGACGCCAUGCGGUUACCUCGCUUUAUGUGCUUGUAAACGUGAGCAUGUGUUGAAAGCUGUGCACCUCAGUCCAGCACAGUUUUGCGGCGCAGAUAUUUCCAGUAAGAGCUGAAUUAAUGCUUUUAAUCCCAGAAAAACGCUCUUGUGUACUUUAAAAAAAGACAUUUAAAUACCUGAUUAAAGGGCCAAUUACUGUUGUUUUUCUGUUUUGCUCGAGUUUUGAGUGCUCGGCGCUGACUCUGAGCUCUUGAUUGGUCCAUUCGUGAGACAGUGCACGGAUGGGGGUGUGGCUGGUGACAUCAUGGGCCCUGCAUUGUUUAAUAUCGCGAUACAUAUCGCCAAAAAAAAAAAAAAAAAAAACAUUUGCAAUAUAAUUUUUUUCCGAUAUUGUGCAGCCCUAGUACAUACAUCUCAGACAAUUGUCUCGAAAAUGUAAAGUUUGAUACAAUAUUAACAGAAUCUUCCCUUUACCGUUUAACAGUCUAAUUUCUGGCCUCCCCAGGAUGUGAAUCAUCAUACGGUUCCAUUUUUUAAAAAGUUAUUUUACAAGCAAAAAAAACUGCCUUAAGAUUAGUGGUGGGUGAUAUGGCCCUAAAAUAGUAUUUCGUUAUUUUAUGGUAUUUUUGCAAUAAUGAUACUCUUGGAGAUAUGACAAAACACUCAGUUAAAAAAAAAAUAUUUCAAGAGUACACUACUGCAACAAAAUAAAAAUGACAUCUUAUUACUGCAUACGAUAUGAUCUGGCACACCCCAAACUGAGAUAUUAAGAAAUACAAUAAUUUUUUUCAUCAGAUUUGUAACAGAAGUCAAUGUUACUAAUAAUAAUGCACUCCAAAUAUCUCCAUAUAUCCAGGAUUAAAGUAAAAUAAAUAUGUAAUCAGACCCCUAUACAUGUUAAGUUUUUUUUUUCCUUACAAUGAAUACCGAAUGACACACAGCUUCAGUGGUCUAUAGAUGUUUGAACAGUUAUUGGUCAUUAAAUAGCGUUUAGCGUUUUAUCUGUGGUAUGCAUACAAGUUCAGGAAGUUUAAAGAGAUGCAGCUGGACUUUGUAAAUGUGUUGUGUUUUCUAAUGUCUCCUGAUUAUUUAAUGCUGUAUAUGGUCUACUGUUAGUGUGACUAAUUUAACUGUUUAGUGCUUAAUGUGUACUUUUUUACUAUACUAUAAUUUAAAAAAGAUAUUUCCUGCUGUCUUCCUGCAGAUUCCAAUUCUUACUUGUGUUGCAUUAAUAGAAAAAUAAAA